AUGGGUUCUCGGGAAAGGAAUCUGGAGAGCCUCAAAGAGCAUCUCACUUAUGAUAAGCUGGAGUCACUACGCAGCUUCUGGUUUGAGCAUCUGCCGCAGGAUACCGAUCGCAUCAUCGCUGGACCAGAGUACCAAAAGAGAUGGUUUGUUUCAGACAAGCAAUUCGACGACGUCUGUGUCCCUAUACUAGAGUCCAUUCGCACCGCGGGUGUGACAUCAGGCCAAGAGCUUCUAUCCAUCGUCAAACCCCGUGAUUCUCUAGACUGGUUGAGUCUGAUCAUCCUGCUCGAUCAAAUCCCCCGCAACUCAUAUCGCGGCGACAAAGCUUCUGUGUGUUUCACUUAUUUUGACCCUCUCGCGGUGCAAGUCUCUCUCAAGGCGAUAGCGCAGGGAAUUCCAGACAAAGCGCCAGAGAUCCGCUGGGUGUUUUCGCACCGCAAUUGGUUCUAUAUGCCACUGAUGCACUCUGAAGAUUUAUCGGCGCAUGAUGAGGCAGUGUUGGCGUUUAAGCGGAUGAACGAGGAUAUCCUAAGUCUGACUACAGGCACAGGCGGUGGGGAUGAGUAUGAGAGAAAGGCGAGAGAGGUUGUGCAAUCCGAUCCUGACAAGGCAAAGACUGUAGGACAGACGAGUUUGAAGUUUGAGGAGAGACACCGAGUUAUUAUUGAGAGGUUUGGAAGGUAUCCGCAUAGAAACAAGGUACUUGGACGAGAGAUGAGGUCAGAGGAGAGGGAGUUUCUCACGAGUGGAGGAGAUACCUUUGGGAGUUAA